AUGCUUGUCCGCUCACUACAGCUUUUUACUGCGGCAUCUCUGACUGCUGCCACCAACCUCUUUGUCUCGGACUACUCUGGCAAUGUCACAACACUGUCCCUGACCGAGCACGGCGGCCACUACUCCCUAACCAAAACUUCCGCCAACUCCGGCUGUGCUCCGAACCCCUCAUGGCUUACUCUCGAUCCCAAUCACGCCACUUUAUACUGUCUUGAUGAAGGCCUCGAAGUCACCAAUGGCUCCCUUACCUCCUUCACCAUCGGCGACGACGGCAGCCUCACCAAAGUUCACCGCGAAGAAACAAUCAACGGCCCUGUCAGCGGCGUCAUCUACGGCAACCCUGCCCAGAAGCGCAAUAUCGCAUUGGCACACUACGUCGGCAGUGCGUUGAGCAUCUGGAACUUGGACGUCAAUCGUACGGGCAGCUUUGCUCUCGAGCAAAACAUCGUCUUCAACCUCACCAAGCCCGGCCCCAAUGCCGAGAGGCAAGAAGCCCCUCACGAGCACGAAGCUGUUCUGGACCCCACUGGCGAGUUUCUAGUCGUGCCCGACUUGGGAGCAGAUCUCGUCCGCAUCUUUUCUUUUGAUCCCGAGACUGGCAGACUAAGUGCUGAGAAACCAUUGGCUGUGCUUCCUGGCUCUGGACCCCGCCAUGUGGUCUUCUAUCAACCUUAUGGUGUAGUCAGCAAAACAGGAACUAGCUUCAUGUUUUUGGUGUCCGAGUUGGGGAAUACGGUUACUUCAUUUGCGGUCUCGUAUCCUUCUGCGGGAGGCAUGAAGUUCAAGCAAGUCUACAACACUACUUCGUACGGCGAUCUCGUUGUCCCUGACGGCAAUGCCGCGGCUGAAAUCGCCAUUUCCCCCGACAACCGCUUCCUCAUCGUCUCGAACCGCAACAACACCUCCUUCGACAUCCCAAACCCCAACCCCCACAACAGCACUUCCAUCCCCUCAGACUCUCUCUCCACCUUCUCGCUCCAAAAAGAUGGAUCACUCAAGCACAUCCAACUCUGGCCUGCAGGAGGAAUGUUCCCGAGACACUUUUCGCUAUCACCCAGUGGAGAUUUGGUGGCUGUGGGUCUGCAGUACGAUAAAGAGGUUGUGGUGUUUGAGAGGGAUGUCGCAUUGGGCACGGUGGGUAAGCCUGUGGCGAGGUGGGUGGGUGGUGGCAAUGUCACUUGUGUUGUUUGGGAGGAGUAG